CUUUUACGUCACCCUCCCGUGACGAAAUCCGUAGCCAGGUCCUUCGUCGUUUUGCCGGGUGGUGGAGGGUUCCUGAAUUGUGAGUGCACAGAAGCAGUGAUAUAUUUUUGUUAAAAUGUACUAUAAGUUAAGUGGAAUCACGCAAAGAUUGACGGGAUCACCGCCGUCGACCGCCUACAUCCCCCAGGGCCUGAAGCCUGCCCCCCCGGGCCCCCCCAGCACCAUGAUCUUCGCCACCCCAACCAAGCUGGCGUCCGAGUCUGGAUCCAUGGCGGAGUACCUGGGCUCCAACAGAGUCUCAGAGCUGCAGAGGCUCUUCCAGACGGCGGACGGCAUGCCCGUGCACCUGAAGCGGGGCGUCCCAGACAAGCUGCUGUACCGCAGCACCAUGGCGCUGACCGUCGGGGGCGUCGUGUACUGCCUGGUGGCCCUGUACAUCGCCUCGCAGCCGCGCAAGUGAGCCCCCACCGGGCCCCACCGGGCCCCUUCUCCCACCGUAGGAUCGUCUGUUUAAGACUGAUGUGACAACGACCACAUUUAUACAAUCACUAUUGGCCCCUCCUGCCCCGACCCCCCCCCCCCCUCGCGAUGUGGCGAUGUGACCUGCCCUAAUUUGUUACCAUGUUCGACUGAGAGGGUCCCGCUGUUAGCGGCCCACAGUCUCCUCGGCCCUGCAAACGCCAGCGGAUGGACAGGACAAGACUCUCUUAUGACCAGCUCCCCUGCCGUCUUCUCACGAUCAAACUCAAACCAGUUGGGACAUGUUUGUCCAGCCAUUCCUGACUGAAGGGAUGCCCAAAUCAUUGCUCUCACCAGUGCUGGUGCUACCGCUUUGGCCUUUUUUUAUUUUUUAUUUCUUUUUUAUUUAUUUUUGAUGGGCCACGUCAGUCAACUCCACUAUUGUAAUCUUGCGCAAUGUCCAACAAUCUCAGUUUCCAGAGUCUUGUUGUUCAGGAUUGCCAUGGUGAUGUGCACAGGGGUGUCUGGGGGUUACUGUUCGAUCUUACAUCUGUGAUUGUGAGAGUGAGGAGCCGGCUGCAGCAACUCUUAAAGGACCAAUGACGUGGCAGCCUAGUGUGACGGUUGUCCUGGUUGGUUAAUGUUCAGGUUUGGGUUUCACGCCAGGGUUCCAUUUCAUCUGGUGUACAAAAGUACUGAUGUUGAAGAACGGAGGGGGGGGACACAAAAUGAGUCCCGCCCAGCAAGGCUGGUUAAAAUCAGAGCUAUGCGGAGGUAUGAAACGGUUUGAAAUGGAAAGUAGAUGCACAGCAAACCACUUUCUGCUGGAUACCUCGGAGGUGUGAGACUGAGUCACUGCAGCCCAGGCUCUUCAUGCGACACAAGAACACGCGUCACGCCUGCCACCGAGUGCACAGGAUGUGAUCAAUCAGGCUGCGAAGUAGACAAUGUUCCGUCAAUAAAAUUACCACAACGUA